AUGUGGCCUGCCAAUUUCCAAUUGCGUCGCCAACGCAUCGCGUCUGGAAAUGAACACGUGCGCGGCGGAGCGCCUCUGCCUAAACCGGAGAUUAUGAUGUUAGUUAAUUGGGAUCGGGAGUUGGCACAACUUGCGCAGCGUCUCGCUGACCAGUGUGAAUUCGCACAUGACGACUGCAGAGCUACUGUACGAUAUCCAUACGCGGGUCAAACUGUAGGCGAAGUACGCUGGCGAGUCCCCAGUGACUCGGAACAGUUGAGCGUACAGCGCUCUAUCCGUCGUGUGUUCGAUGCCUGGUGGGGGGAAAGACGGAGGGUUCAGCCGGAACAACUCACCGCACCUUUUAAACUGACUGCUAAGAGAACCGUCUGGGGCCACUUCAGUCAGCUAGCAGUGUGGACUCUCCGUGCAGUAGGCUGUGGAGCAGUACGCCACGGCCAUCCUCACACCAGAAUGUUAUUAGUUUGUGACUUCUCUCAUACUAAUAUGUUGGGGCAGAGGACAAUAAACCCUGGACCACUUGCAUCCUGUCCUCCACAUACGGCAAGGAGGACGAGAACUGUUUAUCCUCUGCUUUGUGCUCCGGUUAGAAGACCUACUCCAUCACCAUCCUAUGAUAAUUCCGAGAUAUAUGAUGAUGAUGAAUAUUUUGAUGAACCGACAGAACCAACUAGUCGACUAACGACUAAAAGAGGAACUUACAGCCACAAAUAUAUGGAAAUGACUCCACAAAUAUAUGGAGUCCACCACAAUGCUUUUGAAACUGACGGUAGACGACUUAAAAUAACUUUGCAAUCGGGAAAGAACGAACUAAACUUCCAUAAAAACAAUCUAAAAGAACAAAGUCAAAAGGACCUUGUGGGCCAAAAUCAAAAGACAAUGAUAAAACCGUAUUAUGGACAUUUAAGGGACAUUUCCGAAAAUGUAAAUGAUUCUAAUUUAAAAAAGCUUCGGACAUUUGUAGAUGACAACCCAUUACAAGAAUCUCAUCCAAAAUCUAUAAAACAAGAACCAAUUCCAAGACCGAGGUGGAAACACAUUAGAAAGAGACCGCAGAGACCUGGUGCAAAUGCUCUAUUAAAAAAACCACCUGAGAAACUUUUACAACGUUCUUCUAUAUCGUUUCUAAUGUUAGAUGAAAACGACAUGGACCAAUUCUUCCGCGACACUGGAUUCGAUCUUAACUGGAAAGAGAAAUCUUUAUCGAAA